UUGUCGCAACCAUACCCUUCGGCUCUAGACCUCUACUGCUACCAAGGCAACAACUCUACAAAACUAAAUAAAACCGCUGUAUUUCAGUUGGUCUUCAACUUGAUUACACCCACAAGUCGAUCAAUCAACAACCACCACCUCCACCACAGCCACCUGGAAGGGAAAUGGACCCGUCAAAGUUCAUCGGGAAGCAGCCGAUGACGAUGGACAUAGAGCAGAUGCCCGACAUCCCACAGCGUGGGUCCCACCACAGGCGGGCCCACUCCGACACCUCCUUCCGCUUCGACGACCUCCUUCUCUUUGACCCAUCGGACCUCGACCUUUCUUCUCUCGACCUCCCAACUCCUACUCCGCCUCGCAGCGGCAGUGGAGUUCCCAUGGCCGUCGAUUCCGGUUCAGUUUCCGAUGACUCUGCAUCGGUGUCUCACAGUGGUCCGAGUACAAAGCCGAAACCCAUUAACCAUCUGCGUAGCCUGUCUGUUGACUCGGAUUUCUUUGAUGGGCUGGGCCUUUCGAGUGGCGGCGGAGAUGAGAAAUUUGGCGGGAAAGCUGUGGCGACGGCAGCGGCUGGGGCAGGAGGAGGAACGGGAGAGAGGAGGGUGCAUCAUAGACAUAGCAAUUCGAUGGAUGGGUCUACAUCGUCGUUUGAGAUAGAGUCUCUUAUGAUAGACGGUGUUAAGAAAGCUAUGGGUCCUGAUAGACUUGCUGAACUUGCUUUGAUUGAUCCCAAGAGAGCCAAAAGGAUUCUUGCCAACAGGCAAUCUGCUGCAAGGUCGAAGGAGAGGAAAAUACGGUACACUAGUGAGUUGGAGAGGAAGGUGCAGACGCUUCAGACAGAAGCAACCACCCUCUCUGCGCAGGUUACUAUGUUGCAGAGAGACACUACUGGCUUAACAGCAGAGAAUAAGGAGCUGAAACUACGGUUACAGGCUAUGGAGCAGCAAGCACAACUUAGAGAUGCUCUGAAUGAAGCAUUAAGGGAAGAAGUGCAGCGGCUUAAGAUAGCAACUGGUCAAAUUCCACCUGCCAAUGGAAAUCCUUUCACUCGAGGCUUGACUCCACAAUUUUCCUCCCAUCAGCAGGCCUUACAUCAUUUUCCCAGCUCCCAAUCACAACCACAUCAACAGCAACAGCAGCAGCAGCAGCAGCAGCAGCAGAUUCACAUGCCUCAGACAUCCACCAAUAACCAGACUCUCAACGGACAGCCCCGUCCGGGCUACGCAAACUUCAGCCAGAGGGUCUAGUGUCUGUCAACAAACUUCAGUUGCUGCCACAGUAGAAAUUAAUUGAAGCAGGUAGUAUCAUCUUGUAUAUGUAAACAUGUAAAUGCGUUGCAGGUAAAGGUUGUGAGUGUUGCUCAGAGCUUCUUCUCUCACAUAAAAACCAAGUGUCACUUUAGGAAUACAAAUUAGGUAUUUGUGAAAUAAGAUUGGUGGUUGAUUGUUGUAAUCUAUGCAUUUGUAGAAUUAUUAGCUUUUGGAGAAUCAUAGGAGUUACUAAAACCAGAAUUAUAAAGAAAUUAAUCGCUUCUCAUAUUUAUA